AUGAGUGCCUCGGACACCAAAUGGGAGGCUUUGCGCCCAUGGACCCCUCGCCUAUCCCUAUCCGUUCGCGAGGUCACUUCCGUUUCAGCAACAUUUCUAUUAUCGUCUCUGUCGCCAAACACGAAUUUAUCUCUAAUUCUCGACGCUCAAGACGACCAAGAUGAAUCCGGUGGCUCCUCGUCGCACAUUUUGUCCGACUCGGCCACGAAAGGCUUGUCUGUCAAAGCCAAUGGCCAAGCUUGGCCUCGUGUACUUGCCCGGCUUGAUGAUGACAAAGACGAAGCUGUCGUGAUUGUCUACGGGCUUAUGCCGGGCAUUCAGUACGACAUCGAGUUUGCCAUCGUUCCCGGAGACCUGCGCAUGAAGAGUCAUAUACAAACUGAGAAUUCGAAGCCUGCCUCUGGCUCGGACUCGACUGCGCAGAACCUCGGGCACGACCUGCCAGAGAUCAUUCUAUCUACACCUUCGCCGACCAGUGGCACUUCGGCCUCGGCGAACGUGUACGAAGCGUCUCCCAGUCCACCUUCAUCCUCGCCACCCUCUACCCCUGGUUCACACACACCGACGGCACACACCCACGUCCCCUCGUUCGAUGACUAUCUCGCCGGACUGCACUCAACACUCGCGCACUUGCAAAGCGAACACGAUGCGCUUACGAGCGAUCUCAAGUCUGCGCGGAGAGAUACGCAGAAGCAUCAUGCCACACUGAAGAGCGAUCUGAGUGCACUCAAGAAGGCGAGCCAGAAGCAUGCGCCCACAGAUGCACGGAUGCGCCAGAAGAUUCGCGCUCUAGAAGAAGCCACUAAGCAGGCGCAGCGAGGUCGGGUGGACGUCGACGAAGAGCGCGCGGCACUAGAGCGAGAACAUGAGGAUAGCGAGAGGGGGCGGCAGAAGGUGCAGGAAUUGUGGGAACAGGCGAGAGAACAAGCAGAUGAGGCGAAGGCGAUGCGUGAGAAAGCAGAGGAGGAGACUGGUCGAAAGUUGGUCGCUGCAAGAGGAGAACUUGCGCAAAUAGAGGCGAAGUUGGAGAAGCUAAGGGUUCGCAGAGAUAAGCUCGAGGGCUCGUCGACAUCUUUAGAAGCAAGAGAGAACACCAGCGAAGACGGGCAAUUGCAGGAGAAACGCACGGGCACUGUUCCCGAGCUCAAAGCUCGCCUGCUCGAGCUGCAGUCUGAGCGCGAACGUAUUGAAGAGGAUCCGUACUCUUACAUCCCGCCGUCAGCUUCGACUACUUCCAGUUCCUCCGCACCGCUUUCCUCCGCCCAUGAUUCGUUUGGCCGCUCUCACCCGUCUGGCUUUAUCGGGCAUCAUCCUCACGCGCAUCCGAAUAUGAACAUCGCACCUCAUUUGAACCACACGCUUCCCAACCAGCAUGUCCAUGGCAUCCCACAUCGCGGCAAGCCGCACCAUAGAGGGUUCGCGCCGCGUGGCGCCUUCUUCGCCUCGCCUCCCCGAGGAACUGCCCACGUCAAUGCUGGCGGUCCCGCUACGCGCGGACGGGCCGGGGCACGGCCCGCAGCUAUGCGGAGGAAGAGCUCACCAGGCGAGAAGUCAACGUCAGGAGCGAGCAUGCUUUCCAGUUUGGCACCACCGUUUGAGCCCGCGAGUGUCCGCGGACGGCCGGGCGCUGGUGCAUGGGGCAACUCGUGA